CUCCCACCUCUGAAUUUCACAGUCCCAGCACCUCUUCCCCUCGCAAUUUCACUGUCCUUCACUUUUACCGCGCAGUAACAAAGCAAAUAAAAAUGAUAACCACUCCGUAGACCGUAGACGAAGGUGAAAACCACUGGCUUACCGGGAACAACCGGUGGAAAAGGGGCAGGAUAGAGACCCAAUUUAGCUGGGUUUCAGAAACGGGAAAGUAUAUGAAGGGCUUUGAAGGAAGACAGCUCUUUUUGCAGAGAGGGAAAUUGAUGGCCACAUUCUCUCACUGCUCUUAUCUUCUUCUCUCUUCUCUCUUCUCUCUUCACGCUAUAGCUAAUCUUUCGAGGUUAUAAGAACCAAAUACACCCAAAUCCUCACGUCUUUGGUGGCUCUCAUUUAUUAUUAUUAUUUUCAAGAGAAUUUCAUGGAGUUCGAGGAUCAAGAGGAGCACGAGGAAGAGAUGGAGCUGGGCGGCGCCAGCUACGACUCCAUGGGCAACUCGGGUCGGGUCAAAAUGUCGAGCUCGGGCGGAGUCGGAGUCGGAGGAUCCGAGCUAGCCGUGGCUCAGCAGCAGCCGAAGAAGCCCAGGUACCGGGAGUGCCUGAAAAACCACGCUGUGAACCUCGGCGGCCACGCGCUCGACGGCUGCGGCGAGUUCAUGCCGGCCGGAGCCGAGGGCACCCUAGACGCCCUCAAAUGCGCCGCCUGCAACUGCCACCGAAACUUCCACCGCAAAGAGACCGACAGCCACGCAGCCGGCGCCGGAGCAGCCGACCCCUACCUUCAGGUGGCACACCACCCGCAAUUCUCGGCGUACUAUCGGACGCCGGCGGGGUACCUGCACGUGGCGCCGCAGCAUCACCGGCCGCUGGCGUUGCCGUCAACUUCUGGAGGGCACAGCCGGGAGGAGCAGGAGGAGGACAUGUCGAACCCGAGCGGCGGCGGCGGAGGCGGUGGGUCGGCGUCGAAGAAGAGGUUUAGAACGAAGUUCACGCCGGAGCAGAAAGACAGGAUGCUGGCGCUGGCUGAGAGGCUGGGGUGGAGGAUCCAGAAGCACGACGAGGCGGUGGUGCAGCAGUUCUGUAACGAGACUGGGGUCCAGCGUCACGUCCUCAAGGUGUGGAUGCACAACAACAAGCACACCCUGGGUAAGAAGCCCUAGCUAGGAAGAACCAAACCCCACCAAAACGAAACAAAAGCAAACGAGUCUCUCUUUUGUAGCUAAGCCUAGGCAUUGAAGAAGGAUUUUCCUUUUUUGGUUUUCUAUCCAUUAUUGAUCUCUCUGCACUGAAAGUAAGACCGCUAUGGGUUUAUUUUGAAUGAAUUGGAGGUGGGAAUUUGUGUCGCUGACUUUCUCGGGAUUUUAGUUGGGUUUUAGGGUUUUCUUCUCUCUCUCUUUUUUUUUUUUUUCUUUUUGUUUCUUAAUCUUUGUCGGAGGGUUUUCCAUUUAGCUAGUGGUGGUGUUCUAAUGGAAAUUUGUCAACUUGGAUUAGAGUA